AAAUAAAUAAAAUAAAACUCACCAAAACGUCAUCAGCCGAGCGGAAGCGGGUUUAAAAAAACAUCCUCAGAGAUGGCGGCGAUUAUCCGGUGCUGCUCCUCCUUCUUCCAUACUUCCGCCGUCCGUACUCCGCCGCACGAGAAUUCUCGAGGUCCAGAGACUGGGAAGUUAGGUAAACCUAUUGGCUACUCCUUAGUCAGAACGCCUGGAGCAUAUCAUCUUAUCUCCAAGAUUAAACCUUUGUCUACCAACCCCUAUGAGCGUGAAAGCCAAACACCAUUUGGCAGCUGCUUUGAAACUUUUGAUAAGUUAUCAUCUUUUGAGGGAAUUGGGAAGCUCAAGUUACCUGUGAUGGCAGUGUUGUUGACAAACUCCCUUAUGAUCGCUACACCACUUGAAGCGUUGGCUGCUGAGAUAUGCGAGCCAGAGAGUUCUAUCUUCAACAUGCCCGUUCUGUUGCUUGUGGCACUUGUUGGAGCCACUGUUGGAGGGUUGGUUGCUCGGCAGAGGAAAGGGGAGUUACAGAGGCUUAACGAACAGCUACGACAGAUCAACACAGCCCUUCGGAGACAAGCGAAAAUCGAGUCUUACGCACCGGGGUUAAGCUACGCACCUGUAGGAGCUAGAAUCCCAUCGGAGAGCGAGAUCAUUGUGGACCCAAAGAAACAAGAGUUGAUCUCCAAGCUGAAAACAGGAAAGACCUUUCUGAGGAAUCAAGAGCUAGAGAAAGCUUUUGCAGAGUUCAAGAUCGCUUUGGAGCUUGCGCAGAGUCUAGGAGACCCCAUUGAAGAGAAGAAGGCUGCCAGAGGGUUAGGCGCUUCGCUGCAACGCCAAGGGAAGUAUAGAGAAGCCAUACAGUAUCACAACAUGGUUCUGGCUAUCUCGAAUAGGGAAGGAGAAGAUUCUGGGAGCACUGAAGCGUAUGGAGCUAUUGCAGAUUGUUAUACUGAGCUGGGAGAUCUUGAGAAAGCUGGGAGUUACUAUGACACCUACAUUGCUCGGUUAGAGACUGACUGAUUCAUCCGCAUUGUCUUUUUUUUUUUUUUUGUCUGUUUGUUGUGUUCAUGUCAAAUCACAUGAAAUGGAUGUCAGAAUCCCUUUUGUUGAGUGUAAUUUUGUUUAUUCGUACAAUCCACAGCUUAGCACACAACUGCAGUUAAAGA